UGUAAACCAUGCAACAAUAGAUUUAUAUUAUUUUUGUCGAAUUGAUGUUUUAGCUGUUGGUUUGGCGAACGACUUAUAGCUUCAUUCAAUUGGCGUAUUUCACCUAUUCGAUAGAAAAUGGACGACGGCUAACGUUGGCAGCCUGGAGAGAAAUGAUGGAAGAGCAGGUUUACGAGAGUUUGCCCCUUAGCCAGGACACUUUCAGUGAUCUCUGGAACAGCGUGAUGACACCCGAGCUGUCUACCUUGCAUUCUCCCAACCAGGACCCGUGGCCAGAAGAACACAUGGAUUUGUCGGAGCUCAAAUUUGAUGACAAAAUUUUUGAGUUGGGAAGUGAGGCGGUGACAACUGCAGAUGUGGUUAACCCCCCAUCCUCCACGGUUCCAGUGACCUCUGAUUAUCCAGGGGAAUUUGGCUUCGAACUCCGUUUUCAGAAGUCUGGUACAGCCAAGUCGGUGACUUCGACAUUUUCAGAGCUCCUUAAUAAGUUGUACUGCCAACUGGCAAAAACCAGUCCGAUUGAAGUUCGAGUCAUCAAAGAGCCACCACAGGGCGCCAUUCUCAGGGCUACAGCUGUAUAUAAAAAAACGGAGCAUGUAGCUGAGGUGGUGAGACGAUGUCCCCAUCACCAGAACGAAGACUCCGUUGAGCAUCGGAGCCAUUUGAUAAGGGUGGAGGGCAGUCAGCUUGCCCAAUAUUUUGAGGACUCCAACACCAAGAGGCACAGUGUGACUGUUCCUUAUGAACCCCCGCAGUUGGGCUCAGAGAUGACGACCAUCCUCCUGAGCUUCAUGUGAAACAGUUCCUGCAUGGGGGGCAUGAACCGCAGGCCUAUCCUUACCAUCCUGACCCUUGAAAGUCCAGAGGGACAGGUUUUGGGCCGAAGGUGCUUCGAAGUCCGUGUCUGUGCAUGUCCUGGCAGGGACCGUAAAACUGAGGAGGAGAAUAAGGGCAAACUCCAAAGUGGCACCAAGCCAAUCAAAAAAAGAAAAAGCAACCCUGCUCCUGACACAUCUUCUACAAAGAAGUCAAAGUCCGCCUCUAGUGCAGAGGAAGAGGACAAACCACCUUACACUCUGCAAGUUUGGGACCGAGAACUUUAUGAGAUGUUAAAGAAAAUUAAAACAGCUUUCGAAAUUGCAAAUAGUAAGGAUACGCCCAAAGCACCUGUGAAAGCGGAGAUGCCACUGCCUUCUGCAGGAAAGCGACUCCUCCAAGGAGAGGACAGGAGUGACACAGACUAAAGGCCAAGUCACAAAUUCAGACGGGUUUUUUUAUUUUGCCUUUUUAUAAUGAUGCGACUGUACACAGAUGAUUUACUGUAUUAUUGCCAAUAAAGUUUAUGUAGAUAAUGCAAAGGAUGGCAGUUCAUAGUGUUAGCAAGCGACGUUCCGCUCCCGUGAGACUAUUAGAAGUUUACAAUUUGCAUCAGAGCAGAAGUAGGCGGGGUCAGUGUUAAAAGUUGCCUGAGAACUCACUUGACCUGUUCAUUAUUCGGUUUUACGCUGUAUGUUCACGUUAUUGGUUAGGACUUCAGAAACUUAUUUUUUCAUACAUCUUGCUGAAAGUAACAAACCACUGCCAAGUCCAAAUUGAAAAACUUGAAACACGUUGACCUUUUAUUUUGCUGUAUCUGCCGCUUCCCAAAGAAUCCCUCAUUUUUAUACCAUGUCAGGAUAUUUUUUUGUUUUAUGUCUGAUUUUUGUCGGUUUAAAGCUCACGAAAUCAAAUAUACCCAAGAAAAAGAACUGAAGUAUAAAUGUGCAAGGCACUGUUGUAAUCAGAAAAUUGUAAAUUGUAUUUUUUUUAUAUUAAUCAUCAGCAUAAAGCAUUAUUGUUUUUACAUUGUUAUGGUUAUCAGGAACAUCUGUUAUUUUUCUUAUUUUAGUGGUUUUAAUGGCUGAUUUCAUAGUGGUUGACUGGUUCACCCUAAACAUAAGUUGGAUCUUGGUAUAAAAUGAUGGCUAAUUUAACAGUAAUAUUUUGAUUUGUUGUCUUUAAAUCCUUUAGGAGCCCCACUUGUUUCAAUCUCAAAAUCAUUUGGAAUUAAUUGUUGAAGCUGAUUUAAUGUUUCUUUCUGCAGACCUGUCAAGUCAGCACUUGGGUUGGAUGCGACCACUGAGACCAUUGUUUAUAAAUUACAACAUGUUGAGGCAUUUUUUGUGUUUCUUUUAUGUAUUAUGGGAAGUUAGUUUUAUAUGAGAAGCUUAUGUUUCUAUUUUCAUGUAUACUUUUUGUACUAAUUUUGUACUUAAUUUUUAAAUUAAGCUUUAAGCUUAAAUAAAAGUAUAUAUAAAGGG